GAGUAAAGCAAAUUCGGACUUCACUACACAAGUAGUACAGCCCCAUCCGUCCGUCUCAAUCUCAUCACAUAAUAGAAGAGCGAGAGAGAGAGAGCGAGAGAGACUGUGUGUAGCUUUUGCGCGUUGAUUGCAAAGGUCCACCGCCCACCGAUCCAGCGGAAAUCAUGGCUCUCUAUAAUCUAGAGUGAGAAGUCUAGAGAGAGAGAGCGAGACGCCUCUUUUGACCUGCUCCUGCUCCCCUCUUCCCUCUGACGCCGUUCCUUCGUCCUGCUCCGUUAAUCUCACUCCGUAACCCUCUCUCUCUACAGAUGAGAGAGAUGGGUUUGGAUUGUGGAGUUCUCUGUUCACGCGGAUUCAAAGCCUAUCUUCUUUUCUGUAGGUAAUCUUCGAAUAUCUCCCCCCUCCCCCCUCUCUGCGAUUGUUUUCUCCUUCGUGGUUUGGGGGUUUUAUUGUGAUAGAUUUGAUUGCUUUUAUUCCAUGCUUUUUAUUUUCAACUACAUUAGGAGACUUCCGUUUUGAGUACUGUUUGGUUGCUGAGAACGCGGGAAAGUGAGGGAAAAUGAACGAACUCAAACCGUACUAAACCAUUACCCUCGUGGUUUUCUUGUUGAUUUGGGGUUUUGAGGACCUGCGUAGUCUCUUCUUGCAGCUUAUCGGUACCAAAGCGGGGUACACUGUGAAUUGAUUUACAAAUAUCUGGGAUUUUUCCGUGGUCAUAUUCAUCUGGGUUUCAUUGAUUUUGAUUCUCGAAGAUGCUUGUGAGAAGCUGCUUCUUUUGAGAGAGGGUGUGCGACUCUGGGGGAACUGCAAAUCCCAUCUCACAAGGGGAAAUAGCUCUAGAAACAAUGGGAGGAGCUCUCCUCACAACCCUGGCAAUGGAGAAUCAUCACCCGUCCACACUCUUGUCAAUGGAUUCCAGUUCAUCAUCUUCUCACGAUGAGACAUCGGAGAGAGAGCUUCAUCGACAGGUAAUCCUUUCAACUCCGCCUGACAUCAAUCUCCCGCUGUCGGCUGAGCCUAGCCCACCUCCAGAGUCAUGGAAUGUCGCAUGUGACAUUUUUGAUGUUGGUCUUGGGCCUCAAAUUUAUGAGACCGAGGCAAUUGUUAACCUCCCCAAGAUCGGGCGCAAGUAUGCCAAGCGGCUUGAUAGCAUCUGGGGUGCUUGGUUGUUCUUUAGUUUCUAUUUCAGACCUGCUUUGAACGAGAAAUCUAAGAGUAAGGCAACUUUGGGCAAUGGUGGUGUUUCUGGAUAUGACAAAUCGGACUUGCAACUAGAUGUUUUCCUGGUACAGCAUGAUAUGGAGAACAUGUAUAUGUGGGUUUUCAAGGAAAGGCCUGAAAACGCAUUGGGCAAGAUGCAGCUGAGAAGUUAUAUGAAUGGGCAUUCUCGGCAAGGGGAACGCCCAUUUCCAUUCAGUGUAGAUAAAGGGUUUGUUCGGUCUCACAGGAUGCAGAGGAAACACUACAGAGGUCUUUCAAACCCCCAGUGUGUUCAUGGAAUUGAAAUAGUUCGAUCACCCAAUCUCACGGUCCUAGAUGAAGAAGAGCGGAAGAGGUGGGUGGAACUAACAGGCCGAGAUAUAAACUUCUCGAUCCCACUUGAUGCAAGUGAUUUUGGUUCCUGGAGGAACCUUCCAAGCACCGAUUUUGAGCUUGAACGGCCCCUUCCUCAUUUAAAGAGUAAUUCGAGUCCAUAUCCAAGAAGAUUGCCUAAUGGUACUGGUUUGUAUUUGUCGGCACAGCCGGCAAACCUGGUCAAUGGUGAUGGUAUCGACCUUUUGCCCAUUAGUAACAAGCGAAGAAAGGAUUUCUUCCUGAAUGGAAAUGAUGGUGACUGUUGUUUACCUAACAAUUCACAUUCUGAUAGUGUUUCUGAUAUGGAAAUCCACCCAUUCCAGCCACACUGGUUGAAUGGGUUUAGUGGAGCAAUGAGGGAUGUAUAUGGGCCUGUAACGGCCGCAAAAUCUAUCUACGAGGAUGGUGAAGGAUUUUUGAUAAUCAUUAGUUUGCCUUUUGUGGAUCUUCAGAGAGUGAAAGUUACUUGGCGAAAUACUGUCUCACAUGGUAUUGUAAAGAUAUCUUGUGUGAGCACAGCCUGCUUGCCAUUCAUUAAAAGACAUGACCGUACGUUCAAACUAACUGAUCCUAUACCGGAGCACUGCCCUCCUGGGGAAUUCAUAAGAGAAAUCCCCCUUGCAACCCGCAUUCCAGAAGAUGCAAAACUAGAAGCAUGCUGUGAUGAGACAGGCACAAUGCUUGAAAUUAUUGUGCCUAAGCAUCGUGCAGGGCCAGAAGAGCACGAAGUCCAUGUAUGUCUUCGCCCCUCUCCUUGGGGCGGAUGAGAACAUAUCCUCUUGAAGGAACCAUUAGUUUGAGAUAUGCAAGGGUUGUUACAAUGGUUGGUUGCUUCAUUGUUUGCUAACCUCAUUUUCAGAGUCUAUGAAAUGUAAUAUGCAUUUUUUUACUGAUUAUAUUUGCCUUUCUUCCUUUUCUUCCAAA